AUGGCCGAAAGCGCAGCAAAACGCCUCAAGACAACGGGCGUCACCAUUGGCACCCACAACGGCCACUUCCAUGCCGAUGAGGCCCUAGCCGUCUACAUGCUGCGCCUGCUUCCCACGUAUGCCGGCUCCUCUCUUGUUCGCACACGCGACCCAGCGCUCUUGCAAACCUGCCACACCGUCGUCGAUGUAGGCGGAGAGUACGACGCCUCGGCCAACCGGUACGACCACCAUCAACGCACAUUCAGCACCACGUUUCCCGGCCGGCCGACCAAGCUGAGCAGCGCGGGGCUCGUUUACAUGCACUUCGGCAAGGCCAUCAUUGCGCAGCAGCUAAGCAAGCCCGAGGACAGCGAGGAUGUGGGACUGCUGUGGAACAAGAUCUACGAGAGCUUUGUCGAGGCGCUCGACGCGCACGAUAAUGGCAUCUCGGCGUAUGACCCGAAGGGCAUCGCGGCCGCGUCGCUGGAGAAGCGGUUCAGCGAGGGAGGGUUCAAUUUAGGUGCCAUGGUUGGCCGGUUGAACCCCAACUGGAACGACCCUGUUCCCAGCGACCCUAAAGAGGCGCAGGCCGCGGAGGACGAGAAGUUUUUGACUGCGAGUCAGCGUAUCGGUGAGGAGUUCAGCAGGGAUCUGGAGUACUACUCGAGGGCGUGGUUACCGGCGCGGGAUAUCGUCAAGGCGGCGUAUGAGAAGCGGACCGAGUAUGACCCCGAGGGCCGCAUCAUGGUGCUCGAGGGCCAGAGUGUGCCGUGGAAGGACCACAUGUACAACCUCGAGGAGGCCGACGGCACGGGAAAGAAGGUGCUGUACGUGCUGUACGCCGAGAAGCCGGUACCGGACGCCAAGUGGAGGAUACAGGCUGUGCCUGUGACCAUGGACUCCUUUGAGAGCAGGAAGGCGCUGCCGGAAGCGUGGAGAGGAGCUAGAGAUGACAAGUUGGACGAGAUCACGGGCAUUCCUGGAGGCGUAUUCGUCCAUGCUGCUGGGUUUAUUGGUGGGAACAAGACGUUUGAAGGCGCCAAGGCAAUGGCAGUUAAGGCGUUGGACAUAUAA